AGGCAUGCGCUGCUUGGGCUACCUGCUGCUCAUACCCUUCGUGGCGGCACAUCAAGCCAGUCAGUUCCCUGGUCAAGACGCCAAUAAACCGCCAGAGAUCCACCAUCAGCAACCUCCUCCAAAUCAGCAGGGCCAACAUCAACAGCCUCAGGCAGCCCAGCAAGUCCAAGCAUCUCAGCAAUUUGGCGGUGAACAAGCAAAAGAUGAACACCAUAUCAAGGAACAUUUGGACGGUAAAGUGGAUCCGACCGCAAACAUGACGCCAGAACAGUUGCAGUUCCACUAUUUCAAUAUGCAUGAUCUCGAUAAAAAUGGCAAAUUGGAUGGAGUAGAGUUGAUUAAAGCAAUCACUCAUUUCCACGCUGAAAACCCAGGACCUCAACAUCAAGGUGCCAAUACGCCGCCGCCACUGCCUAGUGAGAUAGAGUUGGAGUCAAUGAUCGAUUCUAUCUUGAGAGAUGACGACUUCAAUGGAGACGGUUACAUAGACUACGCUGAAUUCUUGAGAGCUCAAAAAAUACGAGAGGAUCAGGCAAGGGCCCAGAUGCAGCAGCAGCAACAACAACAACGUCAGCAGCAACAGCAGCAACAACAACAGCGUCAUUGAUUUUCAAAGUAUUAGGUUUCUUUCACGCUUAAGUUAUAUGCACUUAACUUGUUUACUCUAGCUAAAUUCGCUCAAGUUAUCUACUUUAGCCAAAUUUGCUUAAUCUCUUUCUACUUCAGCAAAAUUUGUCACAUUAUUUGGAAAAUUUCUUCUCUUGUGAUUCUUACUUAGUUCUUUGUUAUUAGCACAUUGAUCCUUUGAUCUGGCUUAGAUCCCUACUUAGAAGGCUGUCAUAGGUGUAGAGUGAUUGAUAUCGCAUUUCGCUAUCCUCGCCUACUAUGUUCUCACUUUCUGUUGCUUUUGGUAGCUAUCGUUGUCCUGUGAUCUGUUUUUUUUUCUGACUUAAUUUAUCAAAGCACAAUAUCAAUGCAUAAUUUUCUUUUGGUUUGUGAUAUGGGGUUUGUUUCAUCUUGUUAUCUUGUUACUUAGCAUGCUAUCUACUUUUGAAGCUUACUUAUGAUUGAUUUUAUUUUGUUUUUGGUCUUGAUAAAAU